AUGGAAAGUGAAUUUGAAAUGAGUAUGUGUGGUGAGCUAACUUUCUUCCUUGGAUUGCAAGUAAAACAGCUUAACACAGGCCUGUUUCUCUCUCAAACAAAAUAUGCUGAGAAUUUGAUCAAGAAAUUUGGUCUUGAGUCCAAGAAAGUGGUGAACAAUUCCAUGAGCACCACUACAAAGCUUGGUGAAGACAAGGAUGGCAAGUCUGUUGAUCCUACCCUCUAUAGGAGCAUGAUUGGCAGCUUAUUGUAUCUUACUGCUAGUCGACCUGAUAUCUCCUAUAGUGUUGGAGUUUGUGCACGAUUUCAAGCCAAUCCAAAGGAAUCCCACCUGGAAGCUGUUAGAAGAAUUCUUCGAUACAUCUUAGGUACAAUUUCUUGUGGCAUUUUCUAUACUUUGAUACUAAUGUGGAGAUUGCAAGCUACUCAGAUGCUGACUGGGGAGGUAACCUUAAGGAUAGAAAGACCACCUCAGGAGGGUGUUUCUUUGUUGGAAACAACUUAG